UGAAAAACAGGGCACACAGCCCUGCGGUCGGGUCUUUGAAUCAGUGCGCCCUGCGGAUAAUCGGACAGCUGGGUGCGCGUCCCCGCAGCGCGUCCCCGCUGCGGCAGGAAACAUGGCGGCGCUCCCGUCUCUGGCACAGCUGUCCGGUGGAAACCCCAUAUAUGAGAACUUCUACAGACAGGUCGAUCCCAGAAGUACAGGCAGGGUGGGAGCCAGUGAGGCUGCACUAUUCCUGAAGAAGUCAAAGCUUCCUGACAGUACUCUGGGCCAGAUAUGGGAGCUGGCAGACCCCAAUGGAAAAGGCUUCCUGGACAAGCAGGGCUUCCUGGUAGCUCUGAGGCUUGUGGGUCGAGCCCAGAGUGGUCAGGAAAUCAGCCUCACUGGCCUCGAGCUCCCGGGACCCCCGCCCACGUUUACUGACACAGGCAGUCCGAUUCUGGGCAGCAUGUCCUUGGGCGACGCCCACUGGGCUGUGAAGCCGGAGGAGAGGGAGACAUUCAGUGACAUUUUCGAGAGCCUGUCCCCAGUAAACGGACUGUUGUCCGGCAAGAAAGCAAAACCAGUGCUGAUGAAGUCUAACCUGCCUAUGGAAGUCCUGGGAAAGGUGAGUCUGUGUCCAUCUGCCCCCUGCUCUUCUGGUUCAUGCGCCAUGUCUCUCCCCCUCCCUCAGGAAAGCUUGAACUCAGGGGGGCUGGUUGAGCUCACUGGGAUCAAAGAUCUGGAUGAUGUGAGCCUGGAGAUUGCUGAGCUGCAGAGGGAGAAAUCUUUGCUGGAGAAGGAGGUCAGGGAGAAGGAGGAGGCCAUCAGGCACAAAUCAAGUGAGGUGCAGGAGAUGCAGAGGGACCUGGAGCGGGAGACCAGUGGCCUGCAGCAGCUGGAGGCGCAGAAGCAGGACGCCCAGGAGCGGCUGCAGGAGAUGGACCAGCAGAGGGCGAAGCUGGAAUCCAUGCUGGCCGACGUGCGGCUCAAGUGCCGGGAGGAAUCCCACACGGUCACCUCUCUGCAGAGCCAGAUCCAGUCGCAGGAGGCGGACAUUCAGAGCCAGGAGGCGGAGCUAGGAGAGGCGAGGGCGGAGCUGGGGCGCUUACAGCACGAGGAGACUCAGCUGGAUCAGAGCGUGCGUGCGGGCAGGACGCGGCUGGAUGCUGUCACAAGGUCCCUCAAAGCCACACAGGAGGAGAUCAGCCAGGCACGCAGUAAGCUGUCCCAAAUCCAGGCCAGUCAGGAGGAGGUGAAGAGGACCAUCGAGGAGUACGGCAGCAUCCUAAACGGAACCGGCUCAAUCAACCUGGCCGACACCUUUCCGCUAGAAGACGCCCAGCAGGACCCUUUAAGGACAAAGGCCUCCCCGUUCCCGGUGCCGUCCCAGGAGCUGACCUCUGACCCCUUCCCGACGGAGGACCCCUUCAAAUCAGACCCCUUCAAAGACACGUUUUCCGGUGACCCUUUCAAAGGCAGUGACCCUUUCAAGACAUCCUCAUCCGAUGGCUUCUUCGAGAGGGACCUCUUCUCGCCAUCUGCGUCGUUCGGCCCCUCCUCCAGGGCUGCCUCCGUUGGGCCCAAAUCAAACACUUCAGACCUCUUCAGAGCUUCCGACCUCUUCAGCAGCAGCGACUUCGCCGACUUCAGUCACAUGACGAAGGGCCUGGUGGACGACCCCUUGGCCCGGAGGCAGCACAGCCCGGCGAGGUCCCCGGCAAGGAUGGGACCCCCCCGGCCCGCCCCCCCCAGCGCAGCCUGGAAGUGAGGUCAGGCUGGAGCAGUCAGGCUCUGGAGGUCCUGCUUGCAAACCC